CAUAAUUUGAAGAGUGAACAUAACGUCUUCUAUUCGUGAAAAACGUUUAAUUUAAAAUUGUUGAGACGUUAGAAGUGAUAGAAAAUAGAACCUAGAACUGCUAGAAGAUGUGUGUACGAAAUUGUAACAAAUUCAAAAUUUGUUAACAGUGGAAAUUCAUCGCGAGUCCAAUUAUGGAACCUGAUGCAGACCCAAACGAAACGGUUUGGGAUCCCAUUAAAAUAUUCAAUCCUUCCACGCACUAUGAAUAUGCUGUAGUUAUACUGAAUCGCCCUCUUUCAUGGAAUCGUGAUAUUUUACUCAAUAUCUGGGAAAAUGCUCAGGUCAGGGUCACUGUUGAUGGUGGAACGCUUAGGUGGAUACAUUAUUUACAAAAACAUGGUAUCGACCUAUUGAAUGAAACAUGUAGGAAAUAUGUGCCAGAUUUCAUUAUCGGCGAUUUGGAUAGUUGUUCGUCAAUAGUUCUUGAACAAAUGAAAUCCAUGGGUUCUGUGGUUGUCGAGACACCUGAUCAAAAUCAUACAGAUUAUACGAAGGCCUUGAUUCAGAUAAAAGAAUUAGAUGAGAAAGCAAACAUGAAGUUAAAGGCAAUAUAUGUAUUUGUAAAAACUUCGGGACGAUUUGAUCAUCUCCUUGGGAAUAUUAAUACGCUAUAUAAGAGCGAUCAGUUUAUCAAAGAUGUACAGAUUAUACAAAUUGCAAAUAAUUCGUUAACGUGGCUUUUGAGACCAGGUUCUCACAGUAUAAAUAUUCCUAAUCUUUUGGUGCAAAAUACUAGUCCGUGUGGACUUUUCCCGGUCGGUGCACCUAUUAAUUCCAUUACAACAACUGGUUUAAAAUGGAAUUUAAAUAAUGCGAUUAUGCAGUUUGGGGGUUUAGUAAGUUCUUCGAAUACUUACGGUAGUUCCAAAGUAACCGUCAAUACAGAUUCACCAGUGUUAUGGACCAUGAGUAUCAAACCGCUUAAAGAAAGCGCGGACAAUUGUGAAGAGCUGACAGUGAAUUCUGAUUGACGUUAUCUUUAAUAGGAUUUUUAGAUAAACUUCCGAAAAGCAUGUCCCAAUCUGGCUGUAAUUUUGCACAAAGUUUCUAUACGAGUAUAUAAAAAUAUCUGUGGAAAAGUCAUGUGCGACCAAUCAUUCCGGAGAUAUUGAAUUUUGAUUGCCAGUUUUCUGUAGAGGUGAGAAGCGAGCAAGUAAUACUUACAUAUCUUGGUCAAAAGUUUAUGUCUUAAGGAUUAAAAUAAACCCAAAAGAGAACUUAGUCUUAAUGCAACUGAGAGGGAAACAAAAUAUAGCAAGUAAAUA